AUGGCGGCGGCUCGGCAGCGAGGCCCGAGGGGCUCGGCCGUGCUGGAGCUGCCCCGCGCCCCGCGCUUGGUGUGCGUGGAGUACCCGGGGCUCGUCCGAGAUGUUGGGGCCAUGCUGCGGACGUUGGGAGGAGAGCAGGGGGUUUCGCGGAUCUACGCUGACCCUGCCAAAAGGCUGGAGCUGUAUUUCCGCCCCAAGGACCCCUAUUGCCACCCCGUGUGUGCCAACCGCUUCCCCACCUCCACCAUGCUGCUCAGGGUCAGGAGGAGGAGCAAGAAGAAGCAGCAGUUGGACACCGAGGAACAAAUCCAGCCAGAAGUCCAGUUUGAGAUGGAGAUUCUUGGGAUUGUCACCACUGUUUACAAAUUUCAAGGAAUGUCUGACUUCCAGUACUUGGCAAUGCACUCUAGCCCUGAUGGCAAACAAACCUCCAUGUAUGACAAAGUCCUGAUGCUCAAACCAGAGAAGGAAGAAUUUUUCAAUAGGGACUUACCUCUUUACAUCCCACCACCCAUUUUCUCACGUCUGGACACUCCUGUAGACUAUUUUUAUCGCCCAGAUAUACAGCACAGGGAGGGAUACAACAAUCCCCAGGUGUCUGGUGAGAACCUGAUUGGCCUCAGCAGGGCCCGGCGCCCACACAAUGCUAUCUUUGUCAACUUUGAUGAUGAAGAAAUCCCAACUAAACCACUGGAUGCUGCUGUACAGAACUGGAAGAAAGUGUGCACUAAUCCUGUGGAUAAAAAGGUGGAGGAAGAGCUGAGAAAGCUCUUUGAAACACGUCCUGUGUGGUCUCGGAAUGCAGUGAAAGCCAAUAUCAGUGUCCAUCCAGACAAGCUGAAGGUGCUGCUGCCAUAUUUGGCCUAUUACAUGUUAACAGGUCCUUGGAGAAGCUUAUGGGUUAGGUUUGGGUAUGACCCCAGAAAACAGCCUGAAGCAAAGAUUUAUCAAGUGCUGGACUUCCGAAUUCGCUGUGGAAUGAAAUAUGGUUAUGCUGCUAGUGACAUGCCUGUGAAAGCAAAACGCAGCACAUACAACUACAGCCUGCCCAUCACUGUCAAGAAACAAGGAAGUCACACAGUCAGUGUCCACGACCUGAAACAGGGGCUGGGUUCAGCUGGCACAUCUGGGGCAAAAAAGCCCCCCUCCAGCAGGUAUAAGCUGAAGGAAUCCGUCUACAUUUUCCGAGAAGGAGCCUUACCCCCUUACCGACAGAUGUUCUACCAGCUCUGUGACUUACAUGUGGAAAGCCUGCAGAAGAUCAUCCAUCGGAACGACGGCACGGAGUCAGAAUGCACGGAGCGGGAUGGGUGGUGCCUUGCCAAGACAAGUGAUGACCUGAGGGAUAGCAUGUCCCUCAUGAUAAAGCAGAUCAUCAGAUCCACCAGACCGGCUCUUUUCUCAAAUACAACGAGCAGUGAAGAUGGCAAAGAACAGCUGGCAUAUGAGUCUGGAGAGGAUGAGGAUGAUGAAGAGGAGGAGGAAGAAGACUUCAAGCCUUCUGAUGGGAGUGAAAAUGAAAUGGAGACAGAAAUUCUGGACUAUGUGUGAACUCAGUGAGCAGUGUGGUUGCUGUGGACAGAGCUGCCUCUGCUCCGUGAGAGCCAACGGUUUGGCAUCAAGAUCUGGGAAAGCAGAGCUUUUAAAUACUGAGCUGAUGAUGUUCUCUCUGCACUGACUGUUGGUGGGCAGCAUUCUGGAUGUUUAGGAGUCACUGCCUGCAUUUUCAGAAUUGCUGGCUGAGAAACCCUCCAGCAAGCUCAACAAACUCCCAAGAGUGAGCCCAGAGUCCAAACCAGCUGGUAACACACCAGAAUAUGGGAGAAGCUGCAUUCCCAAAUCCCAUGUGUGGGAGUGCACUCUCUCUGGGUUGGUGGCCAUAUGGAAAAUAGAAAAGGUGCCUGAGGGGAUGCUGGUAGAAGAAGCAGUCCAGUGCUCCUGGGGUCCCUAAGACAGGUUCUGACCUUCUGCUUGUCCAGAGGGAAUGAAAAUACUGUGCCAUGCCUUCAGCACUGAGCCUUGCUGGUCUUCUUGGAAAUAAAGCCAGCAGGAAAAUAUACUUUCUGUCCGUGAAUAACUUCCUUUCUGGGAUGUAGUGUUUGUUGUGCUCAGUACCUGUUGCACUUCUCAGAUCUGUUUUGACUUCCCCAGCUAGCAGUUAACAAGGACUGAAGGCAGCUGGCAGAGGGGCAGAAGUUGGCCACUGCCAGCUGCAUUCUUCCCACCAAAAAGAAAGUCUCAAAAAUUAAAGAGCUACUGGCAUUUUCUGGAUACUGUGAAUUCCCCAGUGUGUUCUGAGCACACGUGAACGCCAAGCUUUCAUUUUAAAAUGAGCAAGACCUUCUCCACUGAAGAGGCCCUAUGGGCUGUUGCAGUUACUUUUAAAGCUGUUACUUGUAGCAAAAGUAGCAAACCCAACAAAUUAUAAGUGGAAAGUGCAACAGUUUCAAUUUGCACUUUCAAAGGAGUGAGGUUCCUGGUCCCUCAGCCAGAAUAGUCUUUUUUUUUCAAAACAAAUUUC